AUGAAAAGUCCAUAUAAACUGACUAUGGAAGAUACAAGCACCAAUGCACCAGAGGUGGUUAAUGCUGAGGUUGUUACUGUUGAGGAUCCAGGUAUUGCUUCUUCCUCUCAAGUUGCGGCCACCGAGGUCAAUUCGAAGCCUGCUUCUCCCCUUGAGGAUCCUAUUGCAGUUGUCGGGGAGGCUAAUGGAUCUGACAAACCAGAUGAGGACACUGUCAACACCAUACAAGUGGACCACGCUGUCGACCCAGAAAUCACACAAGAAGACACCACGGCUGAACCUGAUCACUCCAAAGACAACGAAUCAAUUCACUCCUUAUCCGAUGAUGAAAUCCAGAUCGACUCUAACUCAGAAUCAGAAUCAGACUCAUCUUCAUCCUCUUCAGAGUCAGAUUCAGACUCUGACUCUGACUCUGACGCCGCCGUCGAUGGUGAUGAAGUGUUAUCCGACAACGAAGAUGACAAGAUCACAGGACCAAUCAUUUCCAAAAACGAGGUGAUAAACGAAGUGGCUCCUUCACUUCCCGAAGACUAUACCUUAGCUGAUAAACCCAUCGAGCCCAUUGGGAAGAUCACUGGGUUUGUGGACAAUAGUGUAAUCAUCAAAGGGGACACCUCGGCCGAGUUCAGAGUAUUGAAAGAAAAGUCUGUUUUGUGUUUGAAGGAUAAAGUAAUUGGACCGCUUUUCGAAAUCUUUGGAAAUCUCAAAAUGCCUGUUUAUCGAGUUAAGUUUAAUGAACCCGACAAGGUCGAGGAGUUCAAGGCUCUUAAAGGAGAAGAAGUUUUCUAUGUGGUACCCGAUUCUGAAUUCACUUUGACUGAAACCCUCAAGUCAUUCAAGGGAUCUGAUGCUUCUAAUUUCAAUGAUGAAGAGAUCCCAGCAGAGGAACAAGAGUUUUCUGACGAUGAGAAAGAAAUGGCUGCGAAAAGAAAGAGAAAGGGUAAAAACCCAGAUAAGGUGCAGAGUAAGAAGGAAAAGCCUUCGAGAUCUUUACACAACCAAGGCAAGAGGACUUUCACUACCUACAACCAACCUCAACAAUUCACUUCAUAUAAUGCUCCUCAAGAGCCUUCUUUUCCUCAGCUGCCUCAGACCCAACCUCUGCUUUACGGACUGUCUCUCCCAUAUAAACCGCAGUUUGUAAAUCAGACCAACAGAUCUUCAAUUAAUGAGGCUUCUCCCUAUGGAGUUCCUAUGAACCUGUUCCAGCAGCCUUUUGCAUCUCAACAGCACCAACCCCAACAACCAUUCCCACAUCAACAACCCCAACAACCAUUCCCACAUCAACAACCCCAACAACCAUUCCCACAUCAACAACCAUCAUCGCUUCCUCCAACUCCAUCUUUUGCUCAACCUUAUAGACAACCAUACAAUCAGCCACUUCAAUAUGGCCAACCAAUGAAUGAUGGCCAACCAUACGGACAGUAUAAUCCUACCCAAUCUCAGCCUAAUUCUAAUCAAAACGACCAACUUACAAACGCUUUGGCAAACGCAUCGCCGGAACAGUUGAAGUUGUUAGAACAGUUACUCAAGAGCCAGCUCAACAAAUGA